UUCAGUCAGUGGUGAUGGUGGGAGGAGCCAGUAAAGCUGCUCAUUACUGAUAAAGAACUGAAUAAAGAGGAAGUAACUAAAGCAGACAGAUGUAGAGACAGAGAGAUUCACACAGAGAUCAUUCAGCAUAAAGAAGACUGAACUCAAGUCACAAUGAAGAUCCUCCUCAUCUUCUUCACUUUCUACCUGAUCUCAGAUGCAGUGAGAUGCUUUAGCGUCACUGGAUAUUCUGGAGGAAGCGUGCUUGUUGAUUCUGGGAAACUUUGGUUCAGUGACUCUGUUAAACAUAUGGCCAAAUUAUCUGAGUGGAAAACAAUAAUAAAUUAUAAGAAACAUUAUAAAUGGAUAAAUGAAGGAAGAUUCACACUGUUUCUCAACAAUGAGGGAAACCUCAUGAUAUUCAUCAAAGAUUUGAACCAGCAAGAUGUUGGAACUUACAGGAUUGGUGUUCUUCAUGGCUGGCGUAUAUCUUUAACUCUGAAUGUGGAAGAAGAUUCAUGUUGUAAAGUGUCAAAGAGAGUGAUGGUGAAUGUUGGAGAAACUGCCACCUUCAGCUGUGAAUAUUCACAGAAUCAUAUUAAUGAUCCCAAGAUCAUAUUCAAAGAAGGAAAAGACUCAAUUGAGACGACUUACAGCACAAGUAAUAAGAAAGAAAGAUUUAGUGCUUCUGAUGACAAACAUAAAAACAUCUUCAGUUUGAACAUUUCUGCUGUGACACCAGAUGAUGGAGGAGUUUAUUUGUGUGGAGUUUGGAUCAACAGAGACAUAUACAGUUACUCUGUUAUUAAUACAGUUUAUCUGCACAUAAUGAAUUCAUGUUGCGGAGUGGCAAAAACAUUAAAGAUAAAUAGUACAGGAACUGCUGCUUUCAGUUGUGAAUAUUCAUGGGACCAAAGAAGGGACAUCUUCAGUGUGAGGAUUACUGCUGUGACACCAGAUGAUGGAGGAGUUUAUUUGUGUGGAGUUUGGAUCAACAGACACCCGUACAGUUACUCCAUUAUUAAUAAUGUUCAUCUGCAUAUUAUUAAUAAUAUAGAUGUGUAUAAAGUGAGCGGCUACUCAGGAGGUGGUCUGAUGAUCAAGUGUGAACAUCCUCAAUACAAAACCAAGCCAAAAUACAUCUGUAAAGAAUCAGAUGGAUGUUCAGAGAGGAAGAAUCCAGGAGUUCAGGAUGAAUGGAUGGAGAAUGGAGAUGUUUCUUUAUAUGACGACACCAGAGCAGGAGUCUUGAUGGUGUUUUUUAGAGAGCUGAAAGCUGCAGAUGCAGGAACAUACAGGUGUGGAGUGAAAGUAUCUGACUAUACUGAGAGCUUCACUCAACUUCAGCUGAGCGUUAAACACGAUUCAAAAUAUCCAAAGAUGGUAAUUGAAUCUGCUUAUGUUGGUGAAGAAGUCAACAUCAGCUGUCAGAUCCCAGAGGAACAUAAAGUUAAUUUCUGUAAAGAGGAUGAUAAUCACAUCUGUCAGAACAUCAGCUCAUCUAAAGUGACACAAAUGAGUGGUUCAUCUGAGAGAAAUGAAGAGAGAGUUUUUACAGUGAGCAUCAGUAAUGUGAGCGUGAGAGAUGCUGGAGUUUACUGGUGUGGAGCAGAAACCAGAGACACAUAUUUGACUUUCAUCUCCCUGACCACGAAAAUUCAGCUCAACCUCAUGAGCAACGAUUUCUCCAUGAUCAUCAUUAUUAGUGUGUGUGUGAUUCUGCUGCUGAUCGGUGGAUUCACUCUGACUGUGUGGAAAUUAAGACACAAGAGACGAGGUGAUGUUCACACACACAGUCCAGUUCAGUCUACUGCACAGUUACCCACAAUCCUCUCUGAUGGGCUCCUGUACGCUGCUGUCAGUUUCCAGAAGCAUGAAGAGUCUCUCAGUGACGCUAGAGUCAGAUUCAGUAAGAAUGAGAUUCACUCUGAUUACGCCGCAGUCAGUCAUCGCAUGAGAACUAACUCAAACUAACUUGCUUAUAACAGAGAUCACACAUUACAGUAUUUUAAAAAUAGGCUUAGUUUUUGUUUGUUUGUUUGUUUAAGGUGAUUGAAAAAAAAAAAAAAGCUACUUAUAAUCCAUAAUGUAAUGUCGAACAGGUUUGAUGAGGGUCGUUCAGUUCAGUGUGUGAAUCAUGAGACACUUUAAAUUUUCCACUGCUGCUGUUGCUUCUUUCACAUGUUUAAAACAGUUUGUCAUCUCAGUUUAUGUGAGGGAGUGCUGAAAACAGGAAAUACAAACACCUGUUUGACACUUGUUGAAUAUACUGUAAAGUUUCCACUUCAAAUGCAUAGACACAUAUGUGACCCUGGACCACAAAACCAGUCUUAAGUCGCUGGGGUAUAUUUGUAGCAAUAGCCAAAAAUACAUUGUAUGGGUCAAAAUUAUUGAUUUUUAUUUUAUGCCAAAAAUCAUUAGGAUAUUAAGUAAAGAUCAUGUUCCAUGAAGAUAUUUUGUAAAUUUCUUACCGUAAAUAUAUCAAAACAUUUUUUGAUCAGUAUUCAACUGGAAACUUUUUGA